AUGGCAACUCAAACUCAAGUACUCAAACACAACGUCGUUCAACCAGCACGACUUCACGAUUAUCUCUACGAUCCAUUAUGCACGUUAUCAGGCGUACGUGAUCAUGCUCGAGCGACCUUCGUCGCUAAGACUGGGACCGAUCAAGUGCAAUCAGUACCAGUUUAUGAACAUAUGUUCAGUGAUUUACGUCAAUAUCCUCGCUUUUCUUAUCGACUUCAAUCUCGAGAUCCUGUUCCAACACAUGUCAGUCGUCAAUGGUUAGGACAAGCAGAAGCGCAUCGUGAGCAAAUUGCACUAUCACGAUUAUUUACUGGUAAUGACGCAUUUGUUGUCCCACCUCGAACUUAUGAGCAUGUGGAUGUUGGUGGUCGUGAACGUGCUAAAUUCUUCCGAAAACCACUGAUUCCUUUUAUGGAGAGUGUUCAACCACUUCUUGUACUUGAUACCGGUCGAACAGGUGUGGGCAACUUUGGUGAUAUGACAGCAAAAUCUGCGUCAGGAUUUCUAAGUCCAGGCAAAUCCAUGAUAUCUUCGAGUCAACCGGCGACCAGAACGCAAGCUAUCCAAACUGAUUAUAUGGAACGUGAAGCUCAAACUGAUCCUUACACACCUGAAUAUGUUGUUAAACCAGGUGAACAACCAGAAGUAUUAACAUUGGCUACCCUCAUGUAUAAGAAAGGUCUUCCGGCCGGUCUUGCUGAAGUUGAAAUGAUUGAACGUGCACGUGCAAAACGUGCAUGGGAAGCUAGUUUACCGCCAUUGGACGAUCCUCAGCAAUGGGAGAAACGUUUUAAAAUGAUGAGUGAUAUGGAAAGACACGAAUGGGUGUUGCGAGAGAAUGAGAUUGAGAAAUUGCAAAAUCUCCGUAUUGAAUUGCUAGAAAAAAUGCUCAAAGAAAAUGAAGCUCGUCGACAUGAUGCAUCAAUUGAACGAAUCAAUCGACAAUGGGGUAAAAAACAAAGCGAACGUGAAGAGUUUGUCAAAGCCAAUCGACUUCACUAUCUUCGAGCUAUUCGAGCUUUAUUGCGAAAACGAUCUCAAAUAGAAACAAAAUACAUAAAAAAUGAUAUUAUUCGUGACUAUUCGAAAUAUGAAUCAGUAGCCUACGGACCAUUGACACGCAAUGGUCACUUUCCAGACAAACUCACUGAUAAAUACUUGGUGAAGAGUCGAUUUUUGGAUACGUAUACAGGUUUAUUGGAAUUAGAAUCAACAUUACCGACGAAUGCCUUGAAGAUUCGCCUUCCUGAGCCUAAACGAAUCAGUACCACUAAAGAUGGACAUUUGAAACGACAAUUCCGACGUGAAAGAGAUCUGAAUAAUAUUACUAAGGAUAUUACCGAACAAAAAGGAAAGAAAAUCGAAGAACCCAAACCACUUCGAUUUUUGGUCAAAGUCGAAAAACCGAUACCCAGACCGCCUACACCUGGCGUCGACAUACCAAACGUGGAAGACGAAGAGCGUGAGAAGAGUAUUAUUUAUCUACAAAAACUUCUUCGUGGUCGUGCUACUCAGAAUAUGAUGUACAAGAACAAAGAAGAACGUAUUGAAUUGAUCGAAGAAAUGCGUAGCACACAUGCCUUACAAGAGCAAGAUAUGAACAUGAAGAAGCUAGAAAAACAAGACGUUCAUACAGCACAAUAUGUUCAACGAAAAGAUAUUACACGCGAAGAUUAUAUUGAUUCGAUUCUUCAAACUAUGGAAGGCGAAGCUUUAGGUGAUAUGUUUGACUACUUAUCGAAAGAAUUGAUACGUCUACAAGAAGAGCGGCGCAUAGCUGCAUUUGCUAUGUUAGCUGAUCGUCAACGACGUUUACGUGAAGCCGAAGAAUCUGGUUUACGACAAGUCGAAGAACGUCGACGACGUGAACAAGAUGAACUCUUUAAACAGACUCUGAAGAUGACACAAAACACAGUCGAUAGUUAUUUGGAAGAUGUGAUUUCAGCAAGCACAUUCGACACAUCUCACGAACAAACUCGUAGUGAAAUUCAAGAACAAGCAGCCGCUAUCGAUGAAAUAGCACAUGAAAUGGAAUCGAGACGCACUCAACUCGAAUCCGAAGGUAUUGUUGCUGAAUUAGUCCAUGGUUUUCUUAUUCCCGAAGUUGCUAAACAAGAAAGUCGUACUAAAGUUCGUCGUGCUCAACAUAAAUAUCUAUUGGCUGCUCAUAAAGUAGUCAAGGAUAGUUGUAGCGAAAAUUUGACUGAUUCACUCAUAUCUGAUCGCCAACAAUCAGCCGAAUCGCAGUCCAGUGAAGAACGUCAUCGAUCAACGAGCGACCAGGAAGAUGAACAACGACAUGAACAUGAACAUGAACAUGAACAAAGUCAACAGUCUGAGAAAGACGAAGACCAAGAUCAAGAAGAUUAUACUGGUCCACGUGACGAGGAAGAAAAUGAAGAAGACAUAGACAGAGAAACGAGACAUGAAGACAGUACCAACUAUGAAGACCUAUUCAAUUAA